AUGGCAAGCACAACAGGAUACUGCCCCAUAGAAGAUUACGGUCUGAUCGGGGACAUGCACACUGCUGCCCUGGUCAGCAAAUCCGGCAGCAUCGACUUCAUGUGCUGGCCAGUUUUCGACUCCCCAUCCGUCUUCUGUCGCCUCCUCGACAAAUCCAGAGGCGGGUACUUCUCUAUAACAGCGAACCCGGAAUGCAAUGCAUCUAGCAAACAGAAAUACGUUCCCUACACUAACAUUUUGGAAACGAGAUGGAUGCACGAAGAUGGCGUUGUGCAUGUCCUUGAUUAUUUCCCUAUCGCAAAGGGGCAAGAGGCGGCGCCGACGAAUAUUCUCACUGGUAUUUGUCCGUGUUAUGAACGGUAUAAGGCAAAAUUCGAUGAUGCGUUGCAGUAUCGGCAUUCUGCAGUUGUGAGAAAGGUGACUUGUGUGCGUGAGAAGUUGGAUAUGGAUGUUGAGCUUUUCCCAGCUUUUAACUACGCGCGAGAUGGGCAUGAAGUGGUUUGUCAUUUUUCUGGAGAGGCAUUUACCAGAUCUCAGACGCAGUCGCUCAUAUUUAAGAGUGCAACUGAAACUUUGCGAGUUGAUGUACAUGCGGAGGUUACCGAUGAAAGACAGAAAACGCCCCCAGGUGUACAAUUGGAACUGCAAGAUAAGGAAGGUCUCAAAGGACAGGGACUAUCCGCAAAACUGAAACUUUCCAUCGGGCAAUCUGUGACUUUCAUCAUCCAUAGUGACGAAGUCGCCGUCCCAGAAAGCAACGUUGGACUCUGCAUUUCCAAACUCGAACGAAACACGUUUAACUUCUGGGCCAGUUGGACACGGCAGUGCACAUAUAAUGGCCACUACCGGGAGCAAGUGCUGAGAAGCUUACUGAUACUGAAGCUGCUCACAUACAAGCCCACAGGGGCAAUUGUAGCGGCUCCAACCUUUUCGCUCCCGGAGGAUAUAGGAGGUUCCCGGAACUGGGAUUAUCGCUUUUCAUGGGUCCGCGACACAGCUUUCACGCUAUAUGUCUUUCUCAAGAAUGGAUACACUGAAGAAGCCGAGCAGUACAUGAGCUUCACAUUUGACAACAUCCUUCCCUCAGCAAAAGCCCACGCAAAUGAGGACCAAUUCCUCCCCAUCAUCCUCACCAUACGAGGUGAUUCUGAAAUCCCUGAAAUGGAACUAUCACACCUUGAGGGAUAUCGCGGCAGCAGCCCCGUGAGAAUUGGGAAUGCAGCAACUGGACACAUCCAGCAUGACAUCUAUGGCGCGCUAUUCGACAGCAUAUACCUUUAUAACAAGCAUGUCGGUCCAAUCUCAUACGACCAAUGGCGUGCAAUCCGAAGCAUAGUCAACCGUGUCCGCAAGCUGCACAAGACACCCGACAUGUCGAUCUGGGAAGUUCGCGGCGAGAAGCAGCAUUUCGUGUACUCUAAAAUCAUGCUCUGGGUAACUUUCGACCGCGCGAUCCGGCUCGCUGAGAAGCGCUCAAAUCUUCCCUGCCCGGAGCUCAUUGAGUGGCGCACCACGCGCGAUGAGAUAUAUGAAGACGUGAUGGAACAUGGUUAUAACAUGGACCGGGGGUUCUUCAGCAUGAGCUAUGAGAACAAGAAGAUGAUGGAUGCUUCUGUGCUUAUUGCGCCAUUGGUGUUUUUUAUUGCACCGGAUGAUCCUAGGUUGUUGUCGACGAUGAAGAAUAUCUUGCAGUCGCCUGAGGUUGGAGGGUUGACGACUGCGAAGAUGGUGUUGAGAUAUGAUCAUGCGAUGGCUCAUGAUGGACUCGACGGCAAAGAAGGCGCCUUUGUCAUGGUCACGUUCUGGCUUGUCGAAGCCAUGGGACGAGUAAGUGCCUCUUCGCUGGUCAAAGAUUUUAGUUAA